UCCCCUGCUUUCGUCUCAGCCCUGCUUGAGCACAGAAAUCCAGUGGGGCAACUGCUUUGGACUAGUUUGGGUUCAAGCAAGACUGCCUGUCCUCAUAACAAUUUGCAUUUACAUCCUAAAGGCAGAAGGCUGAAGGUACAGGAGCAGGACAAUGCAUCUUUUCGUGCUGUGUCUCUUCACCGUCUGGGCUCUGGCUGCCCCUGAGCACUAUGUUGUGGAAGACGUCUGCACUGCGAAGCCACGCGACAUCCCGGUGAAUCCCAUCUGCAUCUACCGCAGCCCUGGGAAGAAGCCCCCAGAGGGGGAGGGGCAAGAGCCAGAGAAGAGGAAGCUCCCAGACUCCACUAACCCCAGGGUCUGGGAGCUGUCAAGGGCCAACUCACGCUUUGCUGUUGUCUUCUACAAGUACCUGGCUGACUCCAAGGACAACGGGCAAAACAUCUUCGUGUCACCCCUCAGCAUUUCUACAGCGUUCGCCAUGACCAAGCUGGGAGCUUGUGGCAGCACCCUCCAGCAGCUCAUGGAGGUCUUUCAGUUUGACACCAUUUCAGAGAAGACAUCUGAUCAGAUCCACUUCUUCUUUGCCAAGCUGAACUGCCGGCUUUACAAGAAAGCCAACAAAUCCUCAGAGCUGGUGUCAGCCAACCGCCUCUUCGGGGAGAAGUCUUUGGUCUUUAAUGAGACUUACCAGAACAUCAGUGAAAUAGUUUAUGGAGCUAAGCUCUGGCCCUUGAACUUCAAAGAGAAACCAGAACUUUCCAGGAAGGUCAUUAAUGACUGGGUGGCCAAUAAGACAGAGAAGCGCAUUACAGAAGUGAUCCCAGAACGAGGUAUUGAUGAUCUCACUGUCUUGGUCCUGGUCAACACCAUUUAUUUUAAGGGGCACUGGAAAUCACAGUUCCCAGCUGCAAACACAAAACUGGAUUUAUUUCAUAAAGCUAACGGUGAGACCUGCAAGGUCCCAAUUAUGUACCAAGAGUCCAAAUUCCACCACGCGUUCAUCCCCCAGGACAAAGUCCAGGUGCUGGAGCUGCCUUACAAAGGGGACGAUAUCACGAUGGUGCUGGUCCUGCCCAGUGCUGGGACAUCACUGGUGGAGGUGGAGCGAGAACUGACGUCGGAGAAGCUGCAGGGCUGGAUUGACUCCAUGAAGGAGGUGUCUCUCUUUGUCUACCUCCCUCGCUUCCGUGUCGAGGACAGCUUCAGUGUCAAGGAAAAGCUGAGAAAAAUGGGGCUGGAAGAUCUCUUCAGUCCAGAAAAUGCCAGACUCCCAGGUAUCAUUGCAGAGGGCCGUACAGACCUGUAUGUCUCUGAGGCUUUCCACAAAGCCUUCCUUGAGGUGAAUGAAGAAGGCAGUGAGGCAUCAGCUGCUACAACUGUCAUUGUCUCCGGCCGUUCCUUCCCCAUGAACAGAAUAAUCUUCAAUGCCAACAGGCCCUUCCUGCUUUUCAUCCGGGAAGCUGCCCUCAACACCAUUAUCUUCAUGGGCAGAAUAGCUGAUCCUUGCUCCUAAAGGGGCUGUCAAGGCCUCGCUCAUCCCUUCCCUGGCUCUGGAAAAGGGUGUUGCCACAAAGCCUGAGCUGCUCCAGGGGUGUUUGGUCUUACUGUUUGGUGCAAGCUGCAGGGAAGGACUGUCCCCAGCUGGGCUGUUGCUGCUCCUUGUUGCUGUGUAAAACUGGGCAGAGGGCACCUCACCUGCUCCAUCCUUCAUUCAAAGCUGAUUUCUUUUCUGGCACCGUUAUUUUUGUGGCAAACCUGAGUCCAGCGUCGCCGUCAUUCUGAUACCCAACCUUCCUUCCUUCCAGGCCUCAAACUGUAACAUUGCUCCCCUGGUACAUUAAAAACUUACAGAUCUGUACGUAACAA